AGUCAUAAAUUCGCCUAUUACUAUAAUCACAUCUCUCUAAUCUUUGAUAUUAUUAUCAAUUUAUUUUGUUGUCCUUGACUGGAGCAUUGGAACUUAUGAAAUAAUGGGAUCUACGAUAGAACUUUCCAGUUUAGAUAAAUUAGUGUCGGAUACACUAUCUGGUGAUGCUCUAAAAGAAUUUAAUAGGAUACAUUACGGUAGGACUGAUCAUCAUGAUCUUCCUAUAAAAACAAAUAAUGUUAAUUUUGAUAUUGCUGCGUACAAUUUUCCAGCAAAAAAAGAAGAGACAAGAACUCCUCGUAUUGUGAGAGUGGGCGUAAUCCAACAUUCAAUUGCUAUUUCUACUGAUAAACCCAUAACAGAGCAAAGACAAGGUAUUUUUGAAAAGAUUCGUUAUAUUAUUGAAACAGCUGGUGAUGAAGGUGUCAAUAUUCUAUGUUUACAAGAAGCUUGGAGCAUGCCAUUUGCAUUCUGUACUCGAGAGAAACAGCCAUGGUGUGAGUUCGCUGAAUCUGUCCAUAAUGGGCCAAGCUCUCAGUUUUUAAAAGAAUUUGCGACUAAAUAUGGCAUGGUUAUAAUAUCUCCUAUUUUAGAAAGAGAUGAAACACAUGGCGAUACCAUAUGGAAUACAGCAGUUGUUAUAAAUGAGUUGGGAAAUGUUAUUGGUAAACAUAGAAAAAAUCAUAUUCCAAGAGUGGGAGAUUUCAAUGAAUCUACAUAUUAUUUUGAAGGAAAUACUGGUCAUCCAGUGUUUGAAACCAAAUUUGGAAAAAUAGCUAUAAAUAUAUGCUAUGGACGUCAUCAUCCACUCAAUUGGCUCAUGUUUGGAAUUAAUGGAGCAGAGAUAGUGUUCAACCCAUCCGCAACUGUUGCUGGUUUGAGUGAACAUUUAUGGGGUGUUGAAGCACGUAAUGCUGCUAUCGCAAAUAGUUACUUUACUUGUGCAAUUAACAGAGUGGGAACUGAGAUUUUCCCCAAUGAAUUUACAUCAGGAGAUGGAAAGUCAGCUCACAGAGAAUUUGGUCACUUCUAUGGUUCUAGCUACAUUACGGCACCUGAUGGUACCAGGACACCUGGAUUAUCCAGAAUCAGAGAUGGUUUACUGAUAGCCCAACUGGAUUUAAACCUUUGUCGUCAAAUAAAAGAUAAAUGGGGAUUUACUAUGACUCAACGUCUCAACUUAUAUGCUGAAAGUCUUAACAAUGCUGGUAAACAUGAUUUUCAACCACAAAUAGUUAAAAACAAUUGAAUUUGUGCUGUUAAUAAGAAACAUGAUAUUGUUGUUUUCAGUUUAUUUUUAUAUAACUGUUGUAAUAUUAUUUGUUAUCACUGUUACUAAUGGAAAAUAAAUCAAACAAUUAUUUAUAAA